AUGGCCGCUGCUGCAUGUGCUGCCUUUACCUCCCGGCAGCUGUCCCGUGCAGCCGGGCCACGACUCCCAACAUCCAUAUAUCGACGAGCAUUCGCCUCAAGCCCUUUCCUGCGGGCCCCCACAGCCGCCUCCAACACCUCCGCAUCCUCAUCGCAACCCUCCAAAACGAAAAACAAACACCUGAAAGUCUCCCAGCCCGCCGCCUCAGCAAUAACCCACGGCUCCCUCGUCCCGGGCUCCAUCUUCGAUGAAGACGAGGGAGUAAUGCCCAGCCCCUACGCAAGCACAGAUGGCCGCAAACCCCAACGCCUCACAUCUAAAGACACGGAUGCGGAUGCAACAAACGCCGUAGCCGGUAGGCCCAAAGUCCCCCUCCACGAGCGGGACCAAGACAAUCUCUUCCGUGCGCUCGUCCCAUUCCCUAACCGCCGCGCCCGCUGGGAGAGGAAGAUGGUAAUACGCUCGAUACGGCGACGGGGCCGACUAACGCGGCAAGAAGAAAUCGCACGCACAGAGCGCGAGUCGCUCAGCAAGAGCCACUUCUUCAAGACCAGCGUCAAGAAGCUGAUGAUGGUUGCGCGGCAGAUUGCGGGGAAGAACAUCGACGACGCCAUCUUGCAGAUGCGCUAUAGCCCCAAGAAGGUGGCCAAGGACGUCAAGUUGCAUCUGGAGCUGGCAAGGGAUGAGGCCAUCGUGCUGCACGGGAUGGGACUUGGGAGGAGUCAGAGUCAGAAGGAUACCACUGUAGCCAGUGCGGAUGCGGACGCGGAAGGGGAAACAGGAGCGGCGGGAACUAACACCACCACCACCACCACCGCCGCCGCCGCCGCCGCCGCCGCCACGAGCCCGAUUACCAUAAGGCUCAAAACCGGCCAGCGCAAGACCAUCACCGACCGCACGGCGAUCUACAUCGCGCAGGCGUGGGUGGGCCGCGGCACGUUCGGGCGCGAGCUGGACUACCGCGCGCGCGGCAACGUCAACAUCAUGAGGCCGCCGUAUACGAGCCUGACGGUUGUGCUGAAGGAGGAGAAUACGCGGAUUCGCGAGUGGGAGGAGCGCCACGCGAAGGAGGAGAGGAAGCGCAGGUCGCAGUUGAGGGUUGCAUUGCCGGAUCGGAAGGUUUAUGGGCAGAGGCAGUAUUAUAGUUGGUAG